GAGUUCAGGCCCCGCCCACACGCUGGCCCCGCCCCGUCCGGGCAGCAAUUUCCUGCCCACCCGGAAGCCGACUUGAGCGGCGGAGCGAGUUUCAGUAUUUCUAGUUCACAGCCGGAGCAGCCGUGUCCAGCACCUGGUCUUCCGCAGGCAGGUUCCGGGUGUCACUGCGGCUGUCACCAUCCAGGGACCCCACGUCGCUGUGAGACACUCCGAGUCCAUUUCCUGGUCCGCGUCAGUGUCGGCUAAACCUCCCGCUGGCCGGCCCGCCUUCCUCCGCCUUUGUGCCUUCGGACUUUCCCCCGCCUCUCUUCUUUUCCCCGCGCCAGUCCACGUUCGGUUCACGUCCCGGCUUGGAGGUUAAUGUGAUAUUCUGGACAAGAAGAGUGAAAUACUUGAGAUCACUGUGAUUAAAACCACGAGAGAAGUCACUGUUACUCAAGAUAUGAAAUAUGGCUUGUAAUCUAGGAGAAAGGUUUACCUGACUACUGCUUGGAAUGUGAGUGAAAACGCAGAGGAAGACUGUGAGAAACUGAGUUAAUGGCAAUGCAUCCACUGGAAUCAGUGACCUUUGAAGAUAUAACUAUAAACUUCACCCAGGAAGAGUGGGCCCUACUGGACACAUCCAGGAGAAUGCUAUACAAAGAUGUGAUGUUAGAAAAUAUUAAUCAUCUGAUAUCUCUUGGAUAUCAGCUCUGCAAAUCAGAUAUGAUUUUCCAUUUGGAGCCAGGCAAAAUGCUAUGGAUUGUUGAAGGAAGUAGGUUUUUCCAAGACCACAGUCCAGUCAUUAAAGACAGAGAAAGUGUAUAUAAAAAGCAAGAAGUAAUAUCCACACAUUAUAUCAGCAAGGGCACAGCCACCAUCAGGUCAAUGCAGAAAUCUCAUGCUCAUGAUGAUCUAUUUAAAUGGAAAGAUUUGGGAAAAGAUCACUUUCACAGCUGUGAAAUGAGUCAAAAUUUGUCACCUCACUCAGCAAAGAAACCAUUCAUUAGCAAACAGUGUGGAAAAUCUAGUAGUGACAACUUCAACUUUCAUCAACAGAAGAAAAAACAGGCAAGGGGAAAAUCAUAUGAAUGCCCACAGUGUGAGGAAACCUUCAGUAAUUGCUCUAUCCAUAAACAGCACAAGAUGACUCAUACUGGAGAGAAGCCAUAUGAACAUCAUCUGUGUGAGAAUGCCUUUAUUCAUUCCUCUGACAUUCAAAAGCACAAUCAAGCUCACAUUGCAGAGAAACCAUAUGAAUGCCACCAGUGUGGGAAAACUUUCAGUCAACCUUCUAACCUCAGACUGCAUGAGAGAACUCACACUGGAGAGAAACCAUAUAAAUGUAAUCUGUGUGAGAAAGCCUUUAGUCAGUCUUCUAGCCUUAGAGUACAUGAGAGAACACACACUGGAGAGAAACCAUAUGAAUGCCAUCUAUGUGGGAAAGCCUUCAGUCAGUCUUCUAACCUUAGACUGCAUGGGAGAAUACAUACUGGAGAAAAACCGUAUGAAUGUCAUAUAUGUGGGAAAGCCUUUAGUCAAUCUUGGGACCUUAAGGUGCAUGAGAGAACACACACUGGAGAAAAACCAUAUGAAUGCCAUUUGUGUAGGAGAGCCUUCAGUCAGUCUUCUGCCCUUAGACUGCAUGAGAGGACACAUACUGGAGAGAAACCAUAUGAAUGUCAUCUGUGUGGGAAAGCCUUUAGCAAAUCUUCUGCCCUUAGACGACAUGAGAGAAUACAUACUGGAGAGAAACCAUUUGAAUGUCAUCUUUGUGGGAAAGCCUUUAAUCAAUCUUGGGAACUUAGAGGACAUGUAAGAACACAUACUGGAGAGAAAACAUAUGAAUGCCGUCUAUGUGGAAAAAGCUUCAGUCAUUCUACUCACCUUAGACAGCAUGAAAGAACACACACAGGGGAGAAAUUAUAUGAGUGUCAUCUCUGUGGGAGAGCUUUCAGUCAGUCGUCUUCCCUUAGACGACAUGAGAGAAUGCACAGUGGAGAAAAACCACAUGAAUGCCAUCUGUGUGGGAAAGCAUUCAGUCAAUCUGCUCACCUUAGACAACAUAAGAGAACACAUACUGGAGAGAAGCCAUAUAAAUGUAGUACAUGUGGCAAAGCCUUUAGCAAAUCAUCUGCCCUUAGACUACAUGAGAGAAUACACACUGGAGAGAAACCAUUUAAAUGUCAUCUUUGUGGAAAAAACUUUAAUCAAUCUUGUGACCUUAGAGGACAUGUAAGAACACAUACUGGAGAAAAACCAUAUGAAUGCCAUCUUUGUGGGAAAAGCUUUAGUCAGUCCUCUCAUCUGAGACAACAUAAGAGAACCCACACUGGGGAGAAAUUAUAUAAAUGUCAUAUGUGUGGGAAAGCCUUUGGUCAGUCGUCUUCCCUUAGACGACAUGAGAGAACACACACACGAGAGAAUGAUUAAUGCCUUCAGUGUAUACUCUGACCUACAAUGACAUGGUACUAUAAAUAUAAUUUGGAAGAAUAUUCAACCGUAUUGUAUGCUUGAAUGUACCUGAGGAUGCACACAUUGAUGAAACACUCUACAAUCAGUGUAGAAGAUCCUGCAUCAUCCUUACUACUAAUUUGAUGUACACAAAUGUUUAUGGAAGAGAAGCUCUAUGUAUAAAUUCUGUGUGGCAGAUCUCAGUAAUCAUAGAUGAAAUAACUUGUCCUGAAAUACAAUGAAAAUAGAAUUCAUUAAUGAAAACUCUUGACUUUAAACACAUUAGUGGACUUAUACAGGAAUAAGCCUCUAGAUCCAUAGUUGGUGUGGGAAUGUCUCCAUUUAUAAUUAGUUGUUAAACAACAUAAGCAAUUGCUUCUUGGGAGUACCUCUUGGUCUCUAAUACUCUGAACAUUCAGCCAUGCACCAGUCUUACGCACACACACACAAAAAAUCAGUGAAUGAAUAUCUACCAAAACAAAAUAAGAUGAAUGUGAGAAUAUCUUCAGUGAUCACUCAUUUCAUACUCAAAGUUCUCUCAAUAAGAAGAUACCAAUUCCAAAAGUGAUAAUGACAUGUUCAACAUCAGAAAACUGUCCAAGAAAAAAAUUCUAAAAGAAUCUUUUAAUACAUAAUUUAGCAAAUUAUUUAGAAUUUUGAGAAAAUAUUCAUUGCAAGUGUGGCAUAUAAUUGUAGGAUUGAAGAGGCCAGCAGGUGGCAUGUUGGUUGAGGCACUGGACUCCCAUAUGGCUGACAUGGUUCAAG